UGAAGUCCAGCUCUUGAGGAUCUUGUCUUGGCUUUAGCCUUAGCUUUUCCACCUUUUCCACGUCCAGACAUAACUGCGAUUUGAUUUGUAAGUUAAUACAAAAACGUACGAAUAUUUAACGUAAUUAUGUCUGGACGUGGAAAAGGUGGAAAAGCUAAGGCUAAAGCCAAGACAAGAUCCUCAAGAGCUGGACUUCAAUUUCCAGUCGGUAGAGUGCAUAGAUUCCUUCGUAGAGGGCACUAUGCUAACCGAAUUGGAUCUGGAGCACCAGUUUACUUAGCAGCCGUCUUGGAAUAUUUAUCUGCUGAGAUAUUGGAGUUGGCUGGUAACGCAGCAAGAGACAACAAAAAAGCUAGGAUUAUUCCAAGACAUUUACAAUUGGCUGUUCGUAAUGAUGAAGAAUUAAACAAACUUUUGAGCGGUGUAACCAUUGCAGCUGGUGGUGUUUUGCCAAACAUUCAAGCUGUCUUACUCCCAAAGAAGAACGACAAAGGACAGAAGAAGUAAACCGCUACACUCAGAAAACAACGGCUAUUUUUAUAGCCACACAUCUUUAAAAAAACAUUGUUUUUUUCACAAAACUAUAACCUUAAAGUCUAAUAGAUAAUCCAUGCAUACGCCUUGUCCUAAGUAACUCAAAGAAAUUAAAUAAAAAAAUUUGAUCACAACGUCAAAAUAAAUUGCACGUA